AGUUCAAACUUUACUCUUCAUUCAUGGAGAAAGUUGACUAUAGUUUUGUGUCCAGGUUUAAAAAAAAAACAAAAAAAAAACGCUUACCAGCAAAAAUCGUGGUAAAUUUAAAAUAGCUGUGGCUGGAAAUGACUUUUUUCUGUUCUUUUAGUUACUUUGGCAAGUGACUAACCAGUUUCUUCAAAGGAGCCGUUUGUUUGCUUAAAUAGCAAAACAGUUGGCAUUGAACAUUGAAGCCACUGUCGCCAGUGGAUUAAAAGUCUUGCCAUGAAAAUACACACAUAUGAAGUAUGUUUUCUACCAAGAUAUCUUCACUGUGUCUUUAAGGCAUACAACAACAAUGCCUUACUUACAUUGCAUUUAAUCUUACAGAUGGCUGGAUGACCAAGCGGUUACAGAGGUUAACUGUAAUUGUGCAGGUUUACUCCCCAUAACAACCUUUUUUCCCUGUUGUCAUGUCAGCCAGAUGACAAGAAUGCUGUGGAAGAGAGUCUGUUAAAGGUCCAGUGUGUAGGAUUUAGUGGCAUCUAGCGGUCAAAUUGCAGUUUGCAACUAUUUGAAUACAGCUCGCAUCACCCACCCCUUCCAAGUGUGUAGGAGAAGCAAUGUUCGCCACGAAAAACGCAAGCAGCCCAGUCACAUGGCGGUACAACAUGGUGGCCUCUGUGGAAGGGGACCCACUCCCUCUGUAGAUAAAAAUGGCUUAUUCUAAGGUAACAGAUAACACGAUUCUUAUUUUCAGGUGAUUAUACACUAAUGAAAACAUACUUAUAAAUAUUAUAUUCUAUUUCUGCCAGUAGCUCCUCCUAAAUGUUACACACUGGACCUUUAAAUGCAGCAAAUGUAAAAUGUUACUUGAUUGCAUUGUUACUCCUGAUUGUUGAGUUAGUGCUGUUGUCUCAUUACCUGCAGUACAAAUGCUGAAGCUCAAGUAUUCACACAAGUAUGAUUCGUUCACUGGCUUUUCAGCCUUGUGAAUUCCUGAAAUAAUAGUUAGCUGAUACCUCCCCGCCAGUAUUUUAAGCCAUUGUCCUCAGCAGGGUUUGCUAACAGCGGGAUUGGUCACGUAGUUUCUAGUAAAAACCUAAAUGUAAAGCUUCAUUCAACACCAGAAUGAGAAAUGAACAUCAAAUCUUGUCAGAGGCCUGGUAUAUCUACUUUUACAAAUAAAAGAAACUGUCACUUCAUUGCCUUAUAACUCAGCUGCAGAAAUAGAGGAUGAAUUCAGCUACGUUUACAGGCUUACAGACGCUCUAUAAUAUUUUAUAUAAUAUUUUAAAACUCAGCAUAAAGCUCUCAUCAUUUUUUAACCAUCUCCAGGCCUCAAAUUGUGGCUGAAUUUGGCCUCCCUUAUCUCCUCUUAGCAGACCCUUUGGUCUUUAGCCAGCUAUGACUUCAAGGUCCUAUUAUCUUCACAAAUUUAGUAGGCUAAUGAAACGAAAGUAGAUGGUGACUUCUGAAAACAGAGGACUCAGGUUAUGACCCAAACACUCAAAGGUGUGGUGGUGCUGUGUUUAAACCGUGUGCAACUUUCCUUUUAGUCACUAGUCACAAACCUGUUUUUAAAAUAAGUCAUAUAAAGUGCAGAACUGGGUCAUGUGCUGAAAUUUCUCUGGUAAUAUUAACAACAAAACAAACACCGUAUAUCCAGUUAAUUGCAACAACAAAUUUCACUUUUUAGGUAAAUACUUCCUGUUUUGUUUUUUUUUUUGCGUCCUAACAUUUCCAGAAUUAUUUAUGUAGGAUUUUGAUUAAACACAGCCAUAGUAGUAGUUGUUGCUUUUGAAUUAGUUUUGUAUUCGUUUAUAUGGCCAGCAAUGGUUUCCAGUGUUGCCGUUGCUCACAAAGGUUUUCUCCAGCGCAGCAACAUUCAUAUACUGAGCUGCUGAGGCAGCAAGCUGUCGGCUUUGUAGGUUUGUCUGAUGCCAGGUGGAGAGACAGAAAGCAGGGAUAAAAACUGAGCUUUAGCAGCCUAAAUGUGAGUAACAUAUAGGAAAAACAAGAUCAAGAAUUUAACUAAAAAAUCUGCAGUAUUAUUUGGGAAAUGGGGUUUAGCCACACAACAAGGCUCCUCCACAGGCCUGAAAAUAUGCAGACCAAGUGGAGCCAUUUACAGGUUUUAAAUGCUUGAAUAAUGCAAAAAAAGUUUUUUUUUUUUUAACGGCCAAUAUUUAAGAAAAGCAACUGCAUUUCUGGAAAUAGUUUGUAUUUUUUUUAAUGGCAUGUGCUUAACAUUUAAAGGCAUCAGACCUGUUUCAUGUUUGCAACAAAAACAAAAAUAACUUGCUACUUGCUGACUGAAUGUAGAUUUCGUAUUCUGAGGAAGGAGACUGUUUUUAAUACAUAUUUUUAUAGAAUUAUUACAAAGUUGUUCAUGUUGUUACAUUUGUUAGAUCAUCUAGGACACAUCUGAGGAGGCCUUGCACUCACUGGGUUGAUUCAUUCAGAAUCAGAUUUAAAAAUGGCCACCUUUGUCCAGCCAGGCUCUUGUGGCGGAGGAGAUAAGAGACUGUGCCAAGGCCUUUGAACCACAGAGCUUCAGUGACAAGUUCAACUGACCUUUUAUUUUCCUUUUUGCAUUGAAAGCUACCAGUUCCUUUUCUUUCCACUAGCAACCAAUCAGUCCACUCCCAAUUUAUAGGGAUUUCUUUGAGCUUCUACGUGUGAUGUACCGCCUUAACACUCUGGUCUGAUGUUACAGGUUUUUGUUUUUCUGCAUCCUAACCUGUUGUUGCACCCUCCCACUCUCUGUCUAUUUGCAUGGCAACCCUUUAACAGGCCAGCUGCUGCUGCCCUUUUCUUUCUUCAUGUUGAAUUCUAAUCAUUACUUUCAAAGGAAAGCAUCUCCAAAGCUCCUUUAUCAAGUGUCCGUACUGGGAGGAGGCAAGCCGCUGUCCAACACCCACUCUUCUUCUGCUUAACACUUCUGUUCUGCAAACUGGGAGCAUUUCCUAUUUGUAACCUGCUUUUUCAAGUUUGGAGAAGAAUACCAUAUGGAAAAAGAAGCUCUGCAGUGAUGCCAUGAGGUUGAUUCUGGUUAAACCCACCAAUGCAACGCGACGUCUUGACUCAACGGGUGAAGUCUUCCAUGAUGGGGACCAUGAGCAUUGUACCUCAGGAGGUCCAUCACCUCUGACAAAAACUCCUGAGGGGGGGGUGUACGAUCGAUACUCGGGUACCUCUUUGGAAGCACGGUCUUCCCCACAGGAGGCGAGUCUGUGCUGUGUUUCAUCUUCACCCCACGAAAGGUCUAAUGGAAUCAGUCCACCAAGAGUUUCAGCCCAAAAGUCUCCACUGAAAACCCAAAAUCUAACCUUAUCACAACUCAGUGAUCAGGACUGGCUGCUGCUUUGUGGCCAGGUUAGCAGCGAAGGAGAUGAUUCACCCUCAGCAGAGAGAGCAGGGACCAGUGUGGGACAUCCAAACCGCAAUGACAGAUGUGGUUGUUCCUGUUCUGAUGCACACCAACAUUCAGAUGCUUCUAGUUUUCAUACGCAAUCAAACCAGGGCACCAUCCAAGACUGCCUCGCCAGAGUUUCAAACAAGAAAAGCCUUUCAUCUUCACCAUACACCCAGCCUUUCUCUCAAAGCACCCAAGCUCCGACCACUUGCCAGGUUUUACCACAGCAAACAAACCAAAGGGAUCUUUUGAAACCUGCAACAAACCAUCCACAGGAUAAUUUCAUGCUCCAGUGCAGUGACCAAGAAGGUCGAAAGGAGCUAUUGCAGCAACAGCCUUGCAAUCAUUUUAAACUUAAAGACAGCAGCCAAGCAACUUGUCCAAAUGUUUUCAACAUCCCUCUGAGCUCCAUCGAGUGUGCUGAGACAAAUCAGAAACUUCACCAACAUCCUCAGCCUGCUGUCACUGCAGACCUCAAUUGGAUAGAGCUUUUUGGUAAAGAACCACUGUUAGUUCAGCAACGUCAAACGCAAGACUCUCACUGCUCAACGAGCAGUGAUCAAACCUGCAAGUCGUCUGGAGAUCCCUCCAUCAUCCUCAAGUGCCGGCAUCUCCCAUACAACCCUUUAACUAGCACCUCGCGGGUGAAGAGGUCAUCUACUCCAGCCAGUUACAAAAGUGCCCGGUCCUUCUCCACCAGCCAGUAUAGUUCACUUGAGAACCAGGAUUUAGCAAGGGAGAGGGCUAGACAGCGCCAAAGUCAGACAAACUCUCAGCACCUCAGUGGAUCAAAACUCUCCCUCCCUAAACACACUCCUCCACCUUCUGACACCUUAGAAAGUGGCGGCAUAGUUAACGGGGAUACAAUGCGACCGCUGAGCAGCCAUGGCACUUUAAGAUCCAGUCUUGCAGAUCUCCACUCAGACCAGCAGCCGCUUCAGCUUCUCCACAGUGCCAUCUUGGAGGACGCCUUCUCUAAAGUCAUCAGAGAAGAUUCCAGUAAGGCCAACAGUGAGAAUCUGAUCAGGGAGGAAGGCAGCGUACCACAGAAGAAGACCAAGGAUAUUAGCUACCGACUGGGUCAGAGAAGAGCUCUCUUUGGGAAGCGCAAACAGUUGAGCGACUACGCGUUGGUCUGUGGGAUGUUUGGCAUUAUCGUCAUGGUGAUCGAGACAGAACUGUCGAGGGGAUUUUACAGCAAGGAAUCCAUAUCGUCACAUGUACUGAAAGGCCUCAUCAGCAUCUCUACUGCCAUUCUUCUUGGACUCAUUGUGAUGUACCACGCAAGGGAAAUCCAGCUCUUCAUGGUGGACAACGGAGCAGACGAUUGGAGGAUAGCAAUGACCUUUGAGCGGAUUCUCUCUGUUGUGUUGGAGCUCCUUAUCUGUGCCGUCCAUCCAAUCCCAGGCCAGUAUGUGUUCACCUGGACUGCUCGACUGGCCUUCAGCUACACAGCAUCAGUAGCGGACGCUGAUGUCGACAUCAUCCUCUCUGUGCCCAUGUUCCUGCGCCUCUACCUGAUUGGCCGGGUCAUGCUGCUCCACAGCAAGCUGUUCACAGACGCUUCCUCCCGAAGCAUCGGGGCGCUCAACAAGAUCAGCUUUGACACUCGUUUUGUCAUGAAGACUCUGAUGACCAUCUGCCCCGGCACAGUCCUGCUGGUCUUCAGCGUGUCCUGUUGGAUCAUCGCAGCGUGGACCGUGCGUGUAUGUGAGAGGUAUCACGAUGCACAGGAGGUGACCAGUACCUUCCUUGGAGCAAUGUGGCUGAUCUCCAUCACCUUCCUGUCCAUCGGCUAUGGCGACAUGGUCCCUCACACCUACUGUGGGAAGGGGGUGUGCCUGCUGACAGGAAUCAUGGGAGCGGGCUGUACAGCCUUAGUGGUCGCCGUUGUUGCAAGGAAGUCAGAACUCACCAGAGCCGAGAAACACGUCCAUAACUUCAUGAUGGAUACUCAGCUCUACAAAAAGAUAAAAAACACAGCAGCCAAUGUGUUGAGAGAGACAUGGCUCAUCUACAAAAACACCAAGCUGGUCAAGAAGAUUGACCAUUCCAGAGUACGCCACCAUCAGCGUAAAUUCCUGCAGGCCAUUCACCAACUGCGAAAAGUCAAAAUGGAGCAAAGGAAACUGGCUGAUCAGGCCAAUACAAUUGCUGACCUUGCCAAGACUCAGAACAUGAUGUAUGAUCUGGUGUCUGAGCUGCAGCAUCGUAGCGAGGAUCUGGACAGGAGGAUUGUAGCUCUGGAAGAGAAACUGGACUCCAUCCUUCUCAGUGUGCAGUCGCUGCCCGUUGUGCUUUCUCAAGCAAUAACAAAGCUACAAAAGGAUUUCCUGGACGACUUGGCCUGUCGUGUCCACUUCCUGUCAUCCUCCCUGAGCUCUGAGUGCUGUUCAGUCCCUGCCAGGCAGCUCUGUCCAGGGUCCACCACACCAGAGACACCAUACAGCUCAUAGGCCUCACUCAGUGGUUAUCCUCUUAGUCGGCAACCUUUUUCAUGCUGGGAAGGAUUUUCUCAACAUGCACACGAGUAGUGCUCUGCUACACAUUCAUACAGUUACACACAAUCACCCCUGGGAGUUACAGCUACCAUUUCAUACUGAGCAGCUCCAAUGAGAAGGGAAGUUCCUCAGUCAGGGGAUUCUAGAGGAAGGAGAGCGCAUUAUUCCUUAAUUUCCUCUGCUCAGAGUUUCACAGUUAGUCCAGGGACUGGGUACAUAAAAUUAGACAAACAUCAGCCCAUAAAGCCUUCUUUGAUCUCAUCCCAGAGAUCCAUAUAGGAAGAUGAUUUGUGGCUUAAUGGAGAAUUACAAUAUAACUGUCAUUCUCAAUAAAAUCUAUGAUUAAAACUGCUUAUCUUAUACAGUCUAAUCAAAUUAAUUCCUAAGCAAUGAAAUCACUGUGGAAUGAAAUUUAGGACACCUAUGAGCUCAUAGACCUCAUCUGGAUAAAAUGUAUUGUUUUUGCUCACCAAUCAACUUUCUUGCAAUAUUUCAUUCUGAAAAUCUAACAUUGUGGAAUUGGAAAAGAUUCUUGAAAUAUUAUGGAUAGCAGCUUUGAUUACUAAUUAUUAAUGGUCAUCUCAGAAGUGGUCUUAUCACUCUCUACUGAACUGGCUGAGAAAAUUAUGGGAGAGGCUACUUCCCCUUUAUGGCUGAGGUUAUAUAGGGUGGGCCCCAUGAGUGAAUAUGUGAAACCAUACACAUGAAAAGCAAAGCAGUAUUAUAAAAGAGCAAGAAAAGUUUAAACAUCUAAAAAGAAAGUAUAAUUCACUUAUUGUAAUGCUCUGUCAACUGGAAGACAUCUGCUGCAGACUGACAAGAACAAAAAUAAAUACAUUUAAGUGAACUUUUUAAAGGAUGAGAUCAGUUUUUCUGUUUUGUUACAUCCAAGAGUUGUCCUGCUCCAUUAGGACUAUGUUAUUUCUGCAUUUUACAGUAAAUGAGGUCCUCUAUUAGAGAAAAGUGAUUAGGCAUAGAGAAGAGUUUGUCUAGUGUUAUACUUUCAAAGCAAUAAUGGUCUGGUGCCAGCUAAGAUUUCAGAGCUACUAAUUUGCUUGUGAGAAGUGUAGUCUCAGAUGGUCAGACAAAACUGUUAUGAUUGUGCCAAAUGCCAUAUUAAAGCCUAGAGGGGAAGAAACGUUGCAGUCAGGGCAUCUAGACUUCUGCCUGAAGGUAUAACAUUCAUUUAACACUGGAACUUGAUUGAAGGUCCACUUGAAUACUCUUAUUAUUUUCUUUACUCACAUUUUUUUUGUGUGUGUAUGUGACUGUGUGGUUGUUUUGUGCUCAUUUGAGACCUAAUUUCUAUAUGGUGAUUUGCUGCUACUUGUAACUUUUCGUAGGACUGGUAUCAGUAUUUUUUAUGGUGUAAAUUAAAAAAUCUUAAGAAACGUGCAAUAGAAAUAGAGUUUAUUUAUUUAUAACAUUUUUUUUAGUUCUGAAGCCUUCCUUUGUGUUUAAACUGGCCUUAACCUACACAACAUUAAUAUUUUCGUCUGUAUGUAUAAAGCAGUUGGGUUUUAGACAUUAUCGAGACUCUCAGUUGAUGUAUACUUUGCAAUAUUUAAAAUGUUUUUAAUGUAAUGUAAUUUUUGUAGCAGCCACACAGUAUUUUAUUGUUGACUUAUUUUAAUACAGUCACUGGUAAUAAAGACUUUUUUCGUUGUUCUACUGACUCAAUCAAAAA